AUGACUUCCCCCAAGGCUCACAAAACCACCGGACUACUUGCAUUUCCAGUCGAGUUGCAACAGCUGGUUCUCAAAAGCGCCACGGACAUCCCCUCCCUCCUUGCGUUAACCCAAAGCUGCCAUACUCUGCAAGCCGCGUUUCAAGAUACCCAAAGCAGUAUUCUCCAUAGAGUCCUUCAAAACGAGCUUUCCCCACAGCUAAUUCAUGAAGCUUGGAUCGUUACGGGUUCGUCCCGCCCCGGAAUCAAGCGGGACAAGAAGUUCACUCUUGAGUUAAUCACGCAUUACUUUGAUGAGCGGGGGCAGCAGAAGCAUUUCCAGUGGACGGUUCAGGAGGCCUUGGCUGCCAGUCGAUUUCACAAGAUUAUUCAGUUCUUCGCCUGCGAUUUUGCGACUAGAGCUCUAAGCAUUAAAAAAGACUCGCAUAAGGCUUCAGGGAAAUCAAACAUAUAUAAACCCCCGUCACCAACGGAGCGCCUGCGUUUCCAGAGAGCGCUUUAUCGAUUCGAGCUUUACUGUAAUCUCUUCGAUGUUGACCAGAGGGCCACCCGCCUUCUCUUUGAUUCAGAGGAGAAAUACGAACUGUUUUGGUCACGGCUUGCUGUCUGGGAAAGGGAGCAGUUUGCAUGUGCUCAUGAAUAUCUAUUCAGAACGUGUAUCCCCGCAUAUAACUACUUUGUCGAAUAUGAUGUUUACUGGGGCGAGUUUUCGAGAGAAUACGAAUAUGGUUUUUCAUACAACAAUUCAAAUAUUCAAGGCUAUCUUCGACGGGGCCUUAACUAUGUCUACAAGAUAGCCCAUGCUCAAUCUUACGAAGAACGCCUUCCUCUCAUUGACUGCGGCCUACAAAAUGAAUGUUCGUUUCUAUGGCAGGGCAUUGUCUAUGAUGCAAACCUGGAUUGGCCUGAACCCUUCGACAACAUACCAGAGGAAGAACUACUGUGGCUUAUCAAUGCGUCCGCGUCGUGCGACUGCGACCCUGGGCCUUACGAGGCAUGGCAUUGGGGUAAUCCUAAUGUAGAUCCACAAAUAAUGGUUCAAGCUGGAAACCAAAUUCCUCUUAGGAAGUGGGCGUACGUGAUGUGGGACCACGAUAGGCUACUGGCAUGGGAUAUCUUUUCCCAACCCUUUAAUCCGUUCUGUAGGAAAGAUGAAAAGGCUGCGUCGAGCGAGAUCGGGAGAAAACAACGAGAGCUAUAUCGCUCACGUUCAGCAAGAAGCAAGAUCUUCCUCAAAGGGGGGAAGGGAUAUUGGAGUGAGAAUGAUGAGACAAAAGUAAAAUGA